AUGGAAAAGCAUGUAAAUGUUUAUUUAUUUUUAUAUUUAAUAAUAUUCUUAGAAGCUUAUUUUUGCAUGUCUUUGUUUAGUACUAAUAUUUUCCCAAGGGAAUACACAAAAGUUGUAGAAAAACAUUUAAGAGAAGAUUAUGGAGAUAGAGAUGUAGAUGUUUUUAGGGAAAUUAUAAGAAAUUAUGAAGACACUGACGUAUUUCUUAGUCCUUCUGAAGAAGAAAAAUUAAAAGUUAACAUACAGAAAUAUGCAGGAGACCAUUUUAUUAAAGAGUAUGAUAAUCUGAUGAAUGAAAAUUCUACAGAUUCCAAUAGAAAGUUAGCAAAGAGCAUGAUAAAUUUAAUCAAGCAACAAUUUAUAAAAUUAAAAGUUAUAGAGCAAGAAUAUAUUACUCCUAAUUAUGAACAGUAUAAGCAAGUUGCUAAAUUAAAGCCGGACAUAUCAGAUUUAACAGCAGACACCCCUUGUAAUACAGAGGCGGAAUGCAAAAAAUUAGAAAAUAUGAUGAACAUAUGCACAUACAUUAGAGGAGGGGCUGAUUUUGCCUAUGAUAUUUUUUUAGUAACUACACAUGUGGUAACUACUAUGAUGGCAGUGAUGUGUGCAUGUAUUUUUAUAGGACCUGUACAUAUUUGUGCUCUAAAGAAUUUUCCAUAUACGUGUAAAUUACCCUACCCCAUUUUUUCCACGCUCUUCAUGGGAACCUCAGCAGUUUGGGAAGUGGUGAAAGCAGCCACGUCGUUGUGUAGGGUAUAUGGAGAUUUAUCUAUUAUGUCCAAAAUGGCAUGA